CUUAUUAUUUACAUCUUAAAUAUCAUGGAAGUGGUUUAAAGACUGAAACAUUUUUUAAUAUUUGUAAUCUUGUACUAGAACUUUAUUCAAACCAAUUUCAUGAUGAAGCAGAUUGUAAUGAAUUAAUGAAUCAGCUUUGUCGAUAUAAAGCAAAAGAAUCACCAUUUGAUUUUCCAUAUGAUAUUCAUCUAACUCCUAAAUUAUGA